AUGAAACAACCCCAUCACAUCCUCUUUCUGUUCGAAAUCCUCGAAGAAAUCCUCCUCCAUCUCGACGCUACCACUCUCCUGCUCUCCCAGAGAGUCUGCACCUUUUGGCACGCCCUUAUCAAAAAGUCCACGCGCUGCCAAAUCGCCCUCUUCUUCAAACCGUCCACUGUCCCCUUAACCCCGCUCACAAACCGCACUCUCAACCCUUUCCUCACCAAACCCCUCCUCAAAUACUUCCUCCGAAAACAACACCCCCUACCACAACCGCCGAAAUGCCAAACCUACUCACAAAUCCAAUCUGAUCGAGGCUACACCUUCUGCCGCCCUGAGGCCAGCUGGCGAGAAAUGCUCCUCCAACAGCCCCCCGCUCUGCGAGUCGGUGUCGUUGAAACUCAUCACAACGGGACUCAAAGAGUGGCUUUCACCGAGACGGUCUUCCAGCCGGGGGGGAAAUUCAUUCGGAUGAAGGAUCUGGAAGGGCCAGUGUCGGACGGGUUUUUGUUGCCGGCGAUAGAUUGUCCUGUUUUUUGGACGGAUUGCGUGUGCAGGCCGCCUGGGCGGGGAAGAGGUUCGCGGGGGCAUUUGGAGUGUGGGAAGGAGGUCGCUAGGAGGCAGUUGAAACGGUGUGAUCUGGUGGUGAUUGCUAAGGGGCCGUUUCGGUUGCCGUUACCGGAACUGGGGAUUGAGAGGAGGGAGGAGAGGACUUCGUUGAGAAAGUGGUUGGAGUCGUUGGUGGAACGGAUGGGGGAGGUGAAGGAGACGCAUGGGAAGGUGUGUGAAGGAUGA